AUGCCGCUCGCUACCCCACUGCCACCGCCUCUGCCACCGCCGCCCGAGCAGUCCCGACUGAGCCCGGCAGGAUCGCUCUGCCUUUUCCGCAACAUCAUUCCAUUAAUCGCCGCGAGGCAAGAAAAGGCUCUGGGCGCCGGGGCUGCCGCUGCUGCGGGGAGCGGAUCGCUCUGCCUUUUCCGCAACAUCAUUCCAUUAAUCGCCGCGAGGGGGCGGGCAGCGGCGGGGCCGCGGCACCGAGCGCCCUGUGCGGGCUGGCAGGCUUCUGGCGGACGGACGCGUUCCCGUUCCGCCGGCGCGGUAACGGAGCAAAGGCAGUGUCACUGUGGUAACGACAGCGGGCUUUCCUUCGUCAGCGGGGGCUCCGGCUGGCUCCGCUUCGACUUAGUGAAAAAGCCCAGCUGCUUGCUAGCCAUAAUUGGUGCUGUAAAUAUGAAGGAUGAUGACAUUGAAGAGGGGGAUCUUCCUGAACACAAGAGGCCUCCAGCGCCAAUAGAUUUCUCGAAAAUUGAUCCAGGCAAGCCUGAAAGCAUCCUGAAGCUGACGAAAAAGGGGAAGACUUUGAUGAUGUUUGUCACGGUGUCGGGGAAUCCCACAGAAAAGGAGACGGAAGAGAUUACUAGCUUGUGGCAGGGCAGUCUCUUCAAUGCAAACUAUGAUGUGCAAAGGUUUAUUGUUGGCUCAAAUCGUGCCAUCUUUAUGCUACGUGAUGGCGGUUAUGCCUGGGAGAUCAAAGACUUUCUGAUAAAUCAAGAAAGGUGUGCGGAUGUUACUCUGGAAGGUCAGGUUUAUCCUGGCAAAGGAGCAGAAGAAAGUGAGAAAGUGAAAAACAAAACAAAACCUGAAAAAACAAAGAAGAAAAAGGACGGAGACAAGAAAUCUAAUAGCAUCAAAGAGGACAACCGAGCAACCAAACAGAGAGAGGAUCUAUGACGGCCGCGUUAACCAGACUGAAUACUGCUCUGCUGUUCCUUGAAGGGAAACUAAAUUUCCAUACAAUUCCUGGCUUUAUGGGGGGGGGGAAAGGAAGGAAGCAGAGAUUACUGAGGUUAAAAGACUUGUAUGUUGAAAUUCACCAGUUUACUUAUUAAUGUUGGCUAUUUGUUUAGUUACAG